GGAGCCACGGGAGCGCCACAGGUGGGCAGGAAUCAGGCGGUACCCGCCCGCGGACCCCAGCUGGUCCUCACGCAGCGCGGCGCCGAGUGGGGGAAAGCGGAGGGAUUCCUUGAAAAAGUGGGGUGUCCAGGUCCGCCGCUGAUGAAGAAAGACACAGCGCCCUUGGAGUCCCUGAGCUGAAGGGGCCAAAGAGGGCUGGCAUGGGCCCCGAGCUGCCCAUACCUUGGCUGCUUCUCUUCACCUGGCUCCCUGCAGGGUGCCUGUCUUUGCUGGUGACAGUCCAGCACACAGAGCGCUAUGUCACCCUGUUUGCCUCCGUCAUCCUCAAAUGUGACUACACCACUUCUGCCCAGCUCCAGGAUGUGGUGGUGACGUGGCGCUUCAAGUCCUUCUGCAAGGACCCCAUCUUUGAUUACUACUCUGCAUCGUACCAGGCGUCUUUAUCCCUGGGCCAGGACCCAUCCAAUGACUGCAAUGACAGCCAGCGGGAGGUCCGAAUUGUGGCCCAGAGGCGGGGGCAGAAUGAGCCCGUGCUGGGGGUGGAUUACCGGCAGCGCAAGAUCACCAUCCAGAACCGAGCAGAUCUUGUGAUUAAUGAAGUGAUGUGGUGGGACCAUGGAGUGUAUUAUUGCACCAUUGAGGCUCCGGGGGACACGUCAGGAGACCCAGAUAAGGAAGUGAAGCUCAUUGUCCUGCACUGGCUGACAGUGAUCUUCAUCAUCCUGGGCAUCCUCCUCCUGCUCCUGCUGAUUGGAGUGUGCUGGUGCCAGUGUUGUCCUCAGUAUUGCUGCUGCUACCUCCGAUGCCCCUGCUGUCCCACCCGCUGCUGCUGCCCCGAGGAAGCCCUGGCCCGCCAUCACUACAUGAAGCAGGUUCAGGCCCUAGGCCCUCAGAUGAUGGAAAAACCCCUGUACUGGGGGGCGGACAGGAGCUCCCAGUUUUCAUCUUAUCCAAUGAACCCACUGCUACAGCGAGAUUUGUCCCUAAGAUCCAGCCUUCCAGAGGUGCCGGUGACCCAGACCACUGCUCACCCUCCCAUCACCAGUGGUGUCCUAGAGUAUUUGGAGAAAGAGCUGCGGAACCUCAACCCAGCCCAGCCUCUGCCUCCUGACCUCCAAGCCAGAUCUGGCCAUCCCUGCAGCAUGCUGUCCUCCCUGGGCUCUGAGGUCGUGGAACGCAGAAUCAUCCACCUACCUCCGCUGGUCAGAGACCUGUCGUCUUCGUGGAGGACCAGCAGCUCCUCCCGUCAGCAGUGGGUCCCGCCACCGGCUUCCCCCGCACCCCGGGAUCUGAGGGAGGGGAGGAGGCAGCACCGCUACUCUGAUUUCCACCUGCAGCCCCGGGACCAGGAGUUUAAGCGCUGGGCGUUGGAGCAAAGGGAGCUGGACCAACUGCGGAGUGGAAGACACCGCGGCCCCAGACAGCGCGGGUCACCCACCCCCUGGUCAGACAGGGACAGCCUCAGCGACGGCCACUUGUCCAGCGAGGCCCGCAGCUGCUCCCGCCGUCCCCGGAGCCGCUACCCAGAGAGAUCCCGCAGGCCCAGCCCCCGAGGGAGCGCCCAGGGGCACAGGAGGCGCAGGCCCCGCAGCUACUCCCCUCCCCCGGCCUCGGACCUCAGUUCCUGGAGCUGGAGCUCCGACGAGGAGAAGGAGAGGCAGCCCCGGAGCUGGGGGGCCCGCCGCCGCCCCCGCUCCCGCUCCCCCAACUGGCCUGAGGAGAAGCCACCCAGCUACCGCUCUCUGGAUGUCACCUCAGGCAAGAAUGGCAGGAAAAAAGGGAGUGUGGAGAGGCGCUCGCUCAGAGAAGAGGCAAGACAGCCUGAUGGUUCUGGAGCCAUCUUUCUUCUGGCACCACUCAGCAUUGCAGAGUUGAUAUUUCCCAAGCAAAGGCAUCUAGGCAGGUUUUGCCACUUGGUGCCCCAGGAGGAAAGGUCUGUGCCCCUCUGUAAUUGUCCCUACAACCCCCUCUCAUUCUCCUCAACCCCUUUGGUGGCUUCAUGAAUCCAUUUGUGCUUCAUGUAGAUACCAUCCUUGAGUGAACUCUAAGGAGACAGCCUAAAAGGAGGUGUGUGUGUGUUGGGGGGGAGGGUUCCUCAACAGUAUCUUUAUGUGUAUGGCCUUAAGCUCAGUUUAGACCCUGUAGUGUUGCUGCCAGUUUCACUGAUUACAUGUUAGAGAAAAUAGGUUAAAUGCCUGCACUAGGCAAAGAUUUCUUUGGGACUUUUUUUAUAUCCAUAAUAUAACUCAGUCUAAAGUAAAAAACAGAAAAAAAUAAAAAUUUAAUGGAUAGUGAAGACAUAAAAUUCAGUAGGUGAGGGACCUCUAGUCUGAACAAGAUGACAUAGACCUUUUUUCUCUGCUCCUCUCCACUAAGAGCAACUUAUAAAUCCUAGAAAUGGAACAAGAGACAAGCAAAGGAGAACUCUGAAGGGUGCUAAGAGGAAGGCAAGCUGAUUUGGGAACCCAGGACCAGAUAACAACACAGAAUCCUCACAUCUUGCAGCCCUCAACCAACAGAAGGCAGCCACUUACACCUGGUAUUUUCCAGCUUCCCACCUAGCAACAGUAGGUAGCCCAGUAGCUUAUUCUUCCCCCUGGAUCUAAUGGGAGUCCCUCUGACAACCUCAGGCAAAGGAGACCAACUGGGAGCCCUGUCAAAAAAAAAAAGUGGCCAGGGGAAGCAUUCUCCUUCCCUGUCAGAUCCAAGACUCCUCUUUUCUAUGGAGAGGUAUGAAUUUGGUUGGGGGAAGCCAGUAAGAAACACCCAGGUAAAGCAGGUGGCCCAGCUUCGGAAGCCUCUUUGUCCCCAGGGGCCAGAGACUCUCCUCCUCUGCCCAGACACAAUAGGGCUUAUUGGUAGAAUCAUGACAAAGAACCUGUCACAACUAAUAGACCUGUAGCUAGCAGCCUGGUCCCUGAAAUCACUUCAUGGAACUAGACUCUCCUCCUAUCCAGAGAAACCUGGGUAUCUAGGGGGUACUAAUGGAAGGAUUUCCCCAUCUCUCUCUCUCACUAAGAGAUAUCUGGCAAUACAGCCAAAGGAAAUGCCAAUCCUCAUGCAGUCACAAAGUCUCUGAAGAUUAAACUGUUGUUGGAAUCACAGCCCACAAAAGUAGGCUCAGACUCAUAUGUUAAACCUAAACAGAGUAACCUCCUAUAACAUAAUACUUAAAAAGAACCCAAAGUGUCCUAAAAUAGACAAAAUGUUCAGGAUAUAAAUCAAGAACCAAGAAAAUCACAACUUAAAUGAAAAAUGAAAUCAGCUGAUGCCAACACUUUGAUGAAUCAGAUGAUGGAAUUAUCUGAUAAAAAUUUUAAGUCAGACAUUAAAAUUCUACAACAAUCAAUUACAAAUUCUCUUAAAUAAAAACAGAAAAUCUCAGAAAAGAAAUAUAAAUUAUGCAAAAAAAAACAAAUGGAAAUUAUAGAACUGAGGAGUGCAAUAGAAAUUUAAAACUUGCUGAAUGAGCUCAGCAGUAGAGUGGAAAUGAUGAAGGACAGAACAAUAGAAUUCACCCAAUAUGAACAAUUGGAAAGAGAUUAGGGGAAAAAAAAGAACAGAACCUCAGGGACCUAUGGGACAAUAACAGAAUAUCCAACAUACAUAUUAUUGGAGUCUCAGAAAGUAGAGGAGAAAGAGUGGGGAAAGAAGCAUUUGAAGAAACAUGGCUGAAAAUGUCCCAAAUUUGAUGAAAGACAUCAACAUAGAGAUCCAAGAAGCACAAUGAACUCUAUACAAGAUAAACCUUAGAAUCAGUGCCAACACACAUCAUAAUUAAACUUUUGAAGAUUAGAAACAGAAAAUCCUGAAAACAGCUAGAGGAAUAAUGCAUUACCUAUAGGGAACACCAAUUUGAAUGGGUUCCUCAUGUGAAAUAAUGAAAAAGGAAAGGGUAAAAUAUUUUUAAAGCACUUAAAAAAAGAACUGUGGCCCAUAAUUUUAUAUCUGGCAACUUUGUCAGAAAUGAAGGGAAAAUAAAACUCACACAUGAAUGAAAAUGAAAAGAUUUGGUGACUAGCAGAUAUACUCUGGAGAGACUAGAUAAAGGAAAUUCUUUAAAGGAAAUAAUGGAAGGACACUUAGAGCAUCAGAAAACAAGAAGAAACAAUAGAAAUGUCAGAAAUAUGAGUCCAUGUAAUAGACAUUGUUUUGAUUAUAUUGCAUCAUGAUUUGUUUCAGUCAUAAAAUAUGGCUAAUAAAACCCAUAAGAGAAAAAUAUCUCAAAAGAAAUAGAUGUUAUGCAAUGAGUUAACAAUAAUAUGUAAAGGUGGAGAAGGUAAAGAGACCUAAUUGGAGGUGGGCUUUCUAAACUUCAUUUGAAAUGGUAAACUUUGACCAACUACAGAAUUAUAAGCAGCACUCAGAGCAACCACUAUGAAAACUACAAAGAGAUGAACUUAAAAGUGCUGUAAGAUGGAGUCCUAAAACAUAUUUAAUCUGCAGAAAAGUAAGAUAAAAAGCAAUAACAGCUAAAAGAAACAAGUGGAAAAUAAGUAAUAAAAGAGCAUCCUAAACUGCUAAAAUAUCAAUAACUAUCUUAAAUGUAAAUGGUCUAAAUAUACCAAUCAAAAGACAGAGAUUAGCAGAGUGUAUUAAAAAAACCCAAAUCAACUAUAUACUGCUUAUAAAAUCCUCACUUCAUAUUUAACCACAGGUAGGCUGAAAGUAAAAGGGAGGGAAAAGAUAUAUCAAGUAUAUAUUAAUAAUAAAAAAUAAAAAAGGAAUGACAAUAUCUCAUAAAGUAGACUUAAAAGCAAAGAACAUUACCAGAGACAAAAAUGAGACAUUUUUCAAUGAUGAAAGGAUAUAUUUGCCAGGAAGACACAGUAUACUUAUGUGUAUAAACUAAACCAUAGAGCCUCAAAUACAUGAAGCAAAAAACUGAUAAAGCUGAAAUGAGAAAGAGAAAAAUCUUUAAUUAUAGUUGGGAACUCCAUCACUGCUCCUAUUCAGCAACAAAUAGAACUAAUAAGCAACAAAUUACAAGGAAAUAGGAAAUCUGAGCAACAGAAUCAGUCGUCAGGAUCUAAUUAACAUAUGUAAAAGAGAUCAUCCAACAAAGUGGAGUACAUUUUUCUCAAUUUCCUGUGGAACAUUCACCAAGUAGAGAAAAAACAAAAUAUGCCAUGAAAUCAUAAAGCAUGUGUGCUCUAACUAUAAUGGAAUCAAGCUGGAAAUCUGUAACAAAGACAACAGGAAACUCUCAAAACACUUGGAAACUAAGCAAUGCACCUCUAAAUAAUUGUGGGUCAAAUAAGGAGUCUAAAAGGAAACUUAAAACCAUGUAGAAUUAAAUAAAAAUGAAAAUGCAAACCAUGUAGAAUGCAACUAAAGCAGUUAUAAGAGGGAAAUUUAUAGCACUAAAUGCUUAUGUUAAAAAUGAGUAAAGGUGUCAUAUCAAUAACACCUAGUUUCCUUCAGAAACUGGAAAAAGGAGCAAAACAAACCCAAAGCAAGCAGAAGAAAUGAAAUAAUAAAGAGCAAAAAAUAAAAUUGGAAAUAGGAAAAUAUUACCAAAAACCCAAGGAAAAAAAAAAGUUGGUGCUUCCAAAAAAAAAUUAAUAAAAUUAAUAAACCUCUAGCUAGACUGACAAAAAUAGUGAUAACAUAAAUCACCAAUAUUAGAAAUAAAAUAGGAUUUAUUAUUUCAGACAGAGAAGUCAUUAAAAAAUAAUAAGGGGGUACUACAUACAACUUUAUGCUCAUAAAUACGACAGCUUAGAAAACAUGAAACAAUUCCUUAAGAACUGCAAAGUGCUAAAAUUCAACUAAACAAAAUACCCAAUCUGAAUAGCCCUAUAACCAUAAGGGAAAUUGAAUGUUUAAUUAAAAAGAAAUCUCAAGGCCCAGAUAGUCUCCCUGGACAAUUCUAUCAAACCUUUAAAGCAUAAUUAAAACUUUACACAGUCUCUUAGAAAAAAAAAUAGAAAAGGAGGAAACAUUGCCCAGCUCAUUCAGGAGGACAACAUAGAGCCAGACAAAGAGAUUACAAAAAAAGGAAACUUCAAACAAACAUCCCUCCUGAACUUGGAUGCAAAGCUCCCUGACAGAAUAUUACCAAAUGUUUUAAUACAUAAAAAUAAUUAUAUACCAUGAACAAGUGGGAUUUAUUCUUGGUAUGCAAGACUGGCUCCCAGAGCAGUCGAAAUAAUCUUGAAAAAUACAAUUAAAGGACGUAUAUACCUUCCCAUUUUAAAAUGUACUAUAAAACUACGGUAAUUACGAUAGUGUGGUACUGACAUAAGGAUAGAUAUAACUGUAAAUGAAUAGAAUUAAAUAGAAUAGAAAUAAAUCCCUAUAUUUAUGGUAAAUUGAUUUUUGGCAAAGCUGUUUGGCAAUUCAAUGGGGAAAAGAUAGUCUUUUCUACAAAUACUGCUGGGUCAGUUGCAUGGCCACAUGCAAAAAGGUAGAUUUAGACCCUUACUUUAUAGUAUACACAAACAAUUAACUCAAAAUGGAUAAUAGGCAUAGGUAUGAGAGCUAAAACUGUAAAAGUUUUAGAGAAAAAGAUAGUAGAAAGGAAGCCUUUGUGUCCUUGAAUUAGAGUUCUUAGUUAUGACAUGAGUAACAUAAUCUUUAAAAGGAAAAACUUUUUUUUUUUCCUUUUUAUA